AUGGAGCAGCAGCCUGACUUCAAAGUCGGUGGCUAUGAUGAUGCAGCACAUCUGAAAUUUUGUUCUUCAGGUGUCCAGAAGUGUGCCCGAUGUAAAUGGGCAACCUACAAAACGCAAUGGCAGAAAGACCUGCCAUGGAUAGAUUCCAAAGUGGAUAUGGAGACUGGCCAGUGGGGCAUUGGCUGCCGGCUCUGCCAUGAUUCUCAGCAAGUGUCCCCUGAAGUCAUGUCGAAGUUUCCCGUCAGUAGACACCAUUUCGCAAGAUUCGAAGUGAGCAGUGGAGAGAUUCGCAUGGCCCGUUUUCGAAAGCAUGCAGACUCACCUGCUCACAGAACAGCUGUGAGCCUGGCAUCUGGCAAAGUUUCACUGCCAGAAAUGGAAGGAUUUUGUCCGACGCAUGCUGAGUGGAUGUCCGUGCUGGAGCAUUCCAAGCCCAAUGACUGUCCUGCUGAUAUCACAGAUGUUGGCAAUAGGAAAAAAGUUCACAUGAUGCGAUGGUGCCUGAGUGAAGCAAUCAGGCAAGCGCAGCGUGCCUUCAUGCAAGAUGCCCUGUGUGUAUCCCUGCAGCAAGAUGCACGUGGCCGAAGAUUCCUUGUCCGCUUCCGCGCAGUGAAUUCCAAGUUGAAAGUCUGCACAAGCACUCUUCAGCUGACAAAGAUCACUUACAGCCCGGACACUCCAGGAGCCCAAGGCAUUCGACAAAUGACACUGAAAGCUUUGGAAAAUUUUUGCAGACCAAGUACUCCUCCAAGUUACAGCGGUCUCACGUCUGAAGGAAAGCAGGAAAAGGAAACCGACUACGCCUUGCUUCGGCAUCUCACCCAGAAAGUGGAGUGCAUGGCAGCAGACGCAGCAGCUGACGAACAACUGGCUCUCCGAGACCUAGCCGGAAUCAGCGGGCCAAACGUUGUGGAAUUGCAAGAAGUCAUGAGCCAAGCGUUUCCAAACUUGAAGGUGCUGGGAAAAGACAGAGCUCAUGCCGCUCAGAGGAUGUUGUCCCGUCCUUGGUCCGCAGAUGCUGUCCUGAAGGAAGUGGUUGGGCAUUUCGUGGAAAAGCCGCAAUCCAUUGCAAGGCUGAUUAACAACAGUGAAGCUGUCAAGGAUUUGUAUGGCAAUUUCCGAAAGAAAACUGACGAACUUGUUCCCAUCAGCAAGAAUAUCCGAGAUUUGGCGUUUGCGCCGCAGAGGUACAGCUCGGAAUCCAAAGUGCUAGCCAGGCUGGUGCUGACAUGGGAUGCAGUCCUCGGUGUUCUCACUGCUUUGCCAGAAAUCAGAGGCAGAACUUCAACUGAAGGGAAUGCAUGUCUUGAAACAUUGGCCUUCUUGACGCCGGAGAAAGCGCUCCUUUUGGCCAUGCUGGCCGAUGCAGCCCUGGAGCUCCACCGUGUCGUAAGAGCAUUCGAUGCAGAGGAGUGCGACGAAAGUGAGCUCCCAUAUGAGCUCGACAGGUAUCGCUCGGUGAUCCGCAAGUUGUUCAUCGAAGGAGUUUGCCUGCAUGUUGGCUUGACCAAGCUGAUGCUGAAACAUCUUGACAAGCAGAAACUGUUGCUCUCUGCUGGUUUUCGCUGCACUUUUGGAGGGCCAGGGACUGUCACGCAAGAUGUCAAAAGCAAUUGCCUCAAGAGAAUGGCAGCGUAUGUAGUUGUCACUGAGUCUGUCCUUGAGGGUGAGUUCCCCAGCUUCCAGCUUGUAUCGAGCCUGCGCGUCUUCAGUUUGUCUGAUUCAUCCAGGACACAAAAGCAAUUGGAGUCUGGAGAAAGAAACAAUUGUUUAGAAAAGAUAGCAGAAGCAAUAGGCAUCGAUUCAGAAGCGCUGAAAUUCGAAUUCCAGCAUUUCCACGCCAUUGCUGAGAAGAUGGCCGGAGUUGAAGGCAUGCAGAACUUUGCUGCAUGGAGCGCAGCUAUUGCGCGUACAUCCAAGAGCCGGAUGCACAGUGCAGAAGCCAUCAUCCCGGCGCUGGCGAGACUCGGCUGCUGGUCGUGUAGUUCCUCUGGUGUCGAACGCGGCUUGGGGGCAGCCCAAAAUUUGAAGCAAUUGGGGCAAAGUCAAGAUGACCAUGUGACUGGUGAAGAAACUUUGCUGAUCCUACAUCAGGAUGCCAGCAGCCACGAUCAGAAGACCCUGAUCGCAGCCGCGAAAGACUUGUGGGUGAAGAACUGCUCACGAGUUCGUAGCAGUGGUCAGACCAAGCGGGUACAACGAUGGGAUACCGGAAUUCAAAGGAAGCGUCUCAAAGACGGAGAGGCAGGUUUUCUGCAAGGAUGCCAGCUAGUCAACGAUGAACUCGCAAAAAGUUCGUCGUCGACUUCACUGCCAAAGACGCUGACGACAGCGGACAAGAUUGCAGAAGUCUUUGGGGAGAAGCAGUUGCGAGAAAUUGCUUUCAGCAACGAGAAGGAGAAGAAGGCUCGCAUCGAAGAGCUGCUGCUUGGAGUGGUGCGACGAGAAGACAUCACGCCUGAAAUGGUGGCCCUGGCUGAAGAGUAUGCAGGUAAGGUUGCCAAGAUUCAAAGAGCUGCCUGGUCAGACGAUUUGCCCAUCUAUGCUGAUCCAGGAUGCAACGCUGUUCUGCCUGAUAGUGCGGUCCUCGCCCCUAAUUUGCACAGCGGUCGGAUCUUUGUCGUUUCCGACCCUUGCAAUUGCAAUGAGGAAGUUCGCUUCAUGGCUGGCCUGGUGGGCGGCUUGUUGGCCUCCAAGGACUUUGUCGAAUCCAAGGGCGUCAGAGGUGUUGCGCUAGCUUUUAAGCCAGCGAUCAAGACCAAGAGGCAUGUUUUCGUCACGCCCGCGUUUAUGCGGCGGCAUGCACAGCUUUGCACAGAGUUCAGUAGCAUUUUGCAACUUCAAGAUUGUAAUUUCCAAUUGCUCAACCGAGCAUCUUUGCAAGACAUGAUUGGCAAACUGAAUGUCAGCAGAGCCCGGCAAUUGUUGAUUCUGAGAUCCGAUGCAGGAGACGAAGUCUUUCCUGAAGCGGUUCGUUUGGUCUUUACUUUGUCCGAGGCAGUUGAUCAUUUUGUUUUCUGUGCAGAAGAUAAGAGCCGCAGCCGGAGCGGCAUCGCAGCUACUUACUGA